AUGAUAUUGACCAGGAGCGGGUAUGCAUUGCUCCUUACAGUGAUGUUUGUUAGCCGGCUUGCACUCGGUUACCAGUGUUUUUCUUCACUACCUUCUUCUUUCACAUUAGAUGAUACCUAUGAAUAUCAAGCGAGUGGUUACUGUAACGAUAAGUGCACGGCGAAAGGCUAUAAAUAUUUUGCCUUGACCCAGGGGAAUCAAUGUUAUUGUGGAAAUGAUAAUCCAGCAGAGUCACAGUCUACUUCUACUGGAUGUACAAGUACGUGUUUUGGAUACCCAGCUGAGAUGUGCGGUGGUGCCAACGCAUUCUCCGUGUACGCUAUAACGGCAAAUGGUGGCACUGCUGUCGAAGUGACUGGUUCCAGUUCUCUUGCCUCAUCGAGUUCCUCUUCGACAUCAUCAACAUCAUCUACUUCGUCUUCUAGCAGCACAACUAGUUCCAGCACAACGACAAGUUCCAGCAGUACGACGACUUCAUCAUCAUCAUCAUCCACUUCUUCUAGAGGAACUACAACUACACGAAGUUCCGAGUCAGCAGACUCGGUAGUUUACCUCACAGCAACCAACACAGACGGAGGAUCUACAGUUUUUGUCACAAGCACAAUCACAACCAGCACGCAAGGAAUGCCCACAUCAACCUCAUCAAACGAUUCCGAUACCAAUCACAAGAAGAAAGUUAACAUUGGGGCCAUUGUGGGAGGUGUAGUAGGAGGUGUAGGCGGAGCACUAGUAAUAGGUGCAGCAGUACUACUAAUUCUAAGGCACGUGAACAAGAGGCGUGAGCAAGAGCGCAUGGAGAAAGAGUACCAAGAAGCCAUCAAACCAGUCGAAUACGGCGACAAGUUGCACCAUGGUGGAUCCUCUGUCUCGCUCAACAAUUUGCAGUCGUCUGGAUCCUUCGACGACACCACACACGCCAUGUCAUCGAACAAUCCGUUCGAUGAUUCAAGGCGUAUAAGCAAUGGCUCGAUCCUCAACGCUCCAAGCCACACCAACCCAAAGACUCUCACGGUGGUGAAUCCGGACGAGGAUUGA